AUGGCGACUUCCAUGAGUUGCCUGCUGGUGCUAUGCCUUGUCUGUCCCCUCCUUGCUGGUGUCGUACGUGCCAACCCAUGGUACGGCUUGUUCCCACAGUUUUACGAUCACUCUUGCCCGAAGGCAAAGGAGAUUGUGCAAUCCAUCGUGGCGCAGGCUGUUGCCCAGGAGACCAGGAUGGCAGCAUCCUUGGUCAGGCUGCAUUUCCAUGACUGCUUUGUCAAGGGGUGCGACGCAUCCGUGCUACUGGACAACAGCAGCAGCAUAGUCAGCGAGAAGGGGUCCAACCCCAAUCUGAACUCCCUCCGGGGGUUCGAGGUCGUCGACCAGAUCAAGGUCGCCCUUGAGACAGCCUGCCCCGGUACUGUCUCCUGCGCCGAUAUCCUCGCCCUCGCCGCCCGUGACUCUACUGUCCUUGUUGGUGGCCCUUACUGGGACGUGCCACUCGGCCGCAGGGACUCUCUGGGUGCAAGCAUCCAGGGAUCAAACAAUGACAUCCCUGCCCCCAACAACACCCUACCCACCAUCAUCACCAACUUCCGGCAGAGGCUGUACAACCAGUCGGACAACGGCCUGGCCGACAGCACACUGGAUAUGUCCUACGCUGCGCAACUAAGGCAGGGGUGCCCCCGCUCCGGUGGCGACAACAAUCUCUUCCCACUCGACGUCGUCAGCUCGACCAAGUUUGACAACUUCUACUUCAAGAACAUCCUUGCCGGUAGGGGUCUCCUCAGCUCUGACGAGGUCCUGCUUACCAAGAGCGCGGAAACAGCAGCACUUGUGAAGGCGUACGCGAAUGAUGUGCAUCUCUUCUUCCAGCACUUUGCACAGUCAAUGGUGAACAUGGGCAACAUCAUGCCACUGACCGGGUCACAGGGGGAGAUCAGGAAAGACUGCAGGAGGCUCAACAACUAUCACUGA